GUGUCUUUCUCCUUUGCCUUUUUUUUGGGGUUCCACACGCAACUUUCCAUUUUUUAUUUCUUCCUUCUUUUCUUUUUGGGGCUCCACAUGUUUUCUCUUUUUUGACUUCAUACCAUAUUUUCCCUAAAUUGCUCCAUCUCCCUUCUCUUUCUCCUGCAAACCAGCCGCCUCCCUCAUCUCCUUUGUCCUCUCUCCUCUCCUCACCCGACACUCCUUUCUCUGUCCCCCCCGCUCCUCUCUCUCGUACGCUCCUCCCCCUCCUUUCUUAAACCCUAUAAAUUGUUGUGCUUGGAUCGUUGACGGGGGCAUCGAAAAAAAAGGGAAGAUCUGGAAACAAAAAAUCUCCCCACAAAACACAAGUUUAAUCACCUCAAAUUUCCGAGAAAAGAACAGUUUUCAUCAACUUUGUUUAAAAACAUUUUUUCUUGGAAUUCAGCCUAAAGGAUGGAUUUUUUCAGAUUCUAGGGGAUGAUCCAGUGAUUUGGGGAACGGAUACCAUCUUCCACUCCUUUUCCGGUGAACUUUAGCCGCGACCAACAAUUACUCUAUUUUCAUUUUUUGUUUUGAAACUUUAGUUACUUUAAUCGGGUUCGGGUUCGGGUUCGUUCGCGUUCGAGAGUAGAUUCAAGGCCAUCGACGCCCCGUUCACUGCACCUAUAAAAGGUCGGUAAACCUUUUACUCUCUCUUUAUUUUUGGUAUUUUUGCGGGUUUAGUUUAAUUUGUGUUUGUGUGUUGUUUAACAUUUAAGUUAAUUGCUGCUCAGUUUGGACUCACUAUUUCGUAAGAUAUAGAAUGUGGCUAUAUGCUCCGUUUGGUUAGCUUACUCGUAUGUUAUUAGUACGUUCGUACGCGAAUAGAUAAGCCAAAAGUAGUUUUUUUUUAUACCAUGUUCAGUGUUAGUUUAGUUUCGGUUUUAAUAAUGUUAGUAAUUAUCCCUAAUCCUUCUCUGUUUGUAGUUUGGUUGUGAUGUUAUUAGUAUUUUCAGUUCUGUUUUCGUGUUAUUAUUUUCGAUGUUGUGUUGAUAUCGUUGUGCCAUUGUUUUUUUUUGGUUCAGUUCUGUCCUGUUAUUUAUAGCAUUUAAUUUUAUGUUCCUUGUGUGAUUAGUUUUGUCCUGUUUUAGUGAUCUUUGGUUCUAUUGCCAUACAAAAUCCCUAUCUGUAUUGUUGUUCUUAUAGUUUGUUAUUGCUGGAUGAAUUUCCAUGUAGUAUAAAAUAUGUUGUUUGCAUUGUGUUGCUUCCCUUUUUCUCAAUAUAAUUCUGUGUAUAUGAGUGCACAUUUUAAGUGCUACGCAUAUUUGUUGAAGUUUAUUUCCUGUUCCCAAUUUGAAGUGUUUGACUGAAACCUGAUCUGUGUAUGGCUUUUCUAGUAUAUUUUGCUUUUCUCAGUGAGUUUGGUAUGAGUUGUUUAGUGCUGGGCUGUUAGAUUAUGCAUAAGAUCCAUGUUUCAUGUUCGACAUCGUAAUGGAGUGUACCUUUCACUUUUGUAAGAUUUAGUUACCUUGAUCUCAUUUUUACAAACUAGUCUUUUUUUUAUAAAUGUUUGGUCAAGUAUUUGAUUAGGCUCAUCUGUUUCUUUCUUUCUAAAAAUGACUUAGGCAUUGAUUCAAGUUUACUGGCUGGUUCAGAAAUACUCCAUCCUUUCCUCCAUGUUUAAGUAAUCUAAUUUCUCUACAAAGAUUAAGCUCACAAUAGUUAAUAAUUCACUAUUUUCCUCCAAGUUGAAUUCGUACACUUAACACCUUCUGUUCUUUCCUUUGUAAAUAUGUAUGUGAAGCAUGAGUGUUAUGGUUUUGUUUGGUUUCGUAAGAAUAGGAUUAUAUUACCUUGCGUUUAGUUUUGCAACAGUUUCCAUAACCCUGCAUGUUUAAAAGAUUGUUAAAAUGAUUGUUUGGUUGCUUUCCAAAAUGAGACCAUUCAUUUUUCAUGUUAAGAUGUCUGUGUAAUGCUCGGACUACUUUAAAUAGGAGUUUAUAAUUAGAAAUCAACACUGCAUAUUAACAUGAAUUCGUUUGGGCAUUUGUAAAAAUAUGUAGCAGUUCACAAGCAAUUAAAUGUUUCAAGAAAUAUCAUAGACACCAGUAUAGGAUAUGCUAUUAUUUGGAUACAUGAAUUUUUCUAACCCCUCUGUGACUUGAGUUAAAAUCGUUCUUUGUGCAAUAUAAGCCUAGACUUUACUUGGAAUAAGCAACUGUUGUAAGCUUUGUAUAAUGGAGGCUAUUUAUUAGGCUUCUCGAAAUUAUUUUGAACGCAUGAAGCAUUAAUAUGUGCUUGUCAUUCAGUUUCGAUUGUUCUAUUUAUUGGGACUAAGUAGAUUCUAAUCUUUAUCUUUUUUUUUUUUUCGCAUGUACACUUCGGGAGCAAAUGGAGUCAUAAAUCAUGACUCUCUCAAAACGGAGUUUCAAAAAAUGAAACUCGGCAUUAAUACAUUACCCGUGCAUGGAGUCGACAUAUGUCCUUAUUCCUUAAUCUCAUCCUACAACAAGAAAGCGAUGAGAUUCGCUUGAAGCUCGCCCAUGGCGAUUCCUCUUAAAGUUUUCAACUUUUCACUCUUUUUAUUAUUUUGUUGAAUGUGUGUUGAAUGAUUUCUUUGGAUGCGUGUUUGAUAUUCUUGUUACAUGACACAAUGGUUUAAGAUUGGCAUGCGAUUAUCUUUAAAUGCAUGAUUGAACCAAUCGAGUUUAAAAAAAAAAUACUAAGUCUGAUUUCAAAAUCAUUCACAUAAACAUAUAUUUUUUUUUAUUUUUUUUCAAAACUUGAUACAUGUAUUGGUUAAAACAACUUUUGAAUAGCCAUAAUUGAACUAAUAGUAUUUCAUACGUUUUACUUUUAAAUAAAACUUAGUGUCCUCUUUCAUGCAAAUUAUCCUAUUUUUCUACAAAUCUUAUUUUCGAAUAACAUUACUAUAUUUUCCAUUUAAGGCCUUAGCAAUAUUUUUGAGUCUUAUUUAACAUUUAGAACCUUCUUUUACGCAAAUUAUUACACUUUUUACAAGUAUUAUUUUAAACAACACUAUUACACUUUCGUUUAAAAACCUUGACGACAUUUAUAAAUCGUAUUUCAAAAUAGCAUUAAAAGUACUCUUUUAUACAAAUUGUUAUUUUCUACAAGUUCUAUUUUGAAUAGCAUUCUUACAUGUCUAUUUAUAACUUUAGCAAUAUUCACAAAGCUACUUUCUUUUCUAUAACGCUAUAUUUUACACCUAGCAUAAUUAAUUAUAAGUCCGGUCGGUUAACCAUUGUUAAUGGGUCUUAAAGGGUGCCUAAUACCUUCCCUUUAGACUAAUUGAACCCUUAUCCAGAAUCUUAAGUUUCGCAGACCUUAAACACAAUUAACUUUAAACAUAACUUUUAAUAAACUUUAGGUGUCCUAAUUCACCGUAAAUAAUUAGGUGGCGACUCCUUAACAACAAACACAAAAACAGGAAUCUCCAAUAUGUCGUACUUUUACUUUAACCUCCGGGUCAAAAUGUGGUAUGACAAUCAUAAUAUCAUAAACCGCAAAGGAAAUAAACGUCACGAAACUAGAGGGGUGGGGGGCUUAUGAAAUUAUUUUUUUCAUUUUUAACUAUAAUGAGUUUGUGGAAAAGCUAGUAUCAUUUGAGUGACUUUGUUGGUACAAAAUAAAUAGAAAUAACUUUAGUGGAUAAUUUGGCAUGGUUGAAUGGCCAUAUAAUUCACUCUUGAAAAAGUGUCUGUGGACACAUAAUCCAAAUCAAGUUGCUUAGCAAUUCUCACACGUACUUGUUUACAUGCUCAUGUCCUAUAUAUAUAUAUAUAUAUAUAUAUUUAAAGUACACUUUGUCCCUGAAACUGAAAGCAUGGAAGAAAAGCCAACAUGCUAUUAAAGAGGAUAGCUUCAAGGGGUAUCACUUCCAGAUCCUUGCAGCUGCGCCAAACCUUCAAUAAUGAGUUCUCUACUCACACAGAAAGGAAACUAGAAGGCAAAGUGGCACUGAUAACAGGAGCAGCAAGUGGCAUUGGUAAAGAAACUGCCACAAAAUUCAUCAAUAACGGUGCCAAAGUCAUAAUAGCAGAUGUACAAAAGAAGCUCGGCCAUGAAACCGCUUCCGAGCUCGGCCCAAACGCCUCCUUUGUGGUUUGCGAUGUUACGAAAGAAUCUGAUGUCUCCAAUGUUGUUGACUUCGCCGUCUCCAACUACGGACAGCUAGAUAUAAUGUACAAUAAUGUAGGUAUCGCAAGCAACACUCCCCCGAGCAUUGUCGACCUUGACCUUGAUGCAUUCAACCGCGUCAUGGUUGUCAACGUUGGAGGCGUGGUGGCAGGAAUCAAGCAUGCCGCCAGGGUGAUGAUUCCACGGCAAAGGGGUUCCAUUUUGUGCACAUCUAGCGUUGCUUCUGUGAUGGGAGGUCUAGCCCCGCACACAUAUUCGACAUCCAAAUCCUGCAUGAUUGGAAUUAUGAGAUCAGUAACGCCAGAAUUAUGCAAGAAUGGUAUCAGAAUCAAUUGCAUAUCGCCCUUUUGUAUUUCAACCCCAUUAGCUAUUGAGGAAUUGAAAGUAAUGUUCCCCGGAGUAGAGGAUCAGCACCUAGAUAAAAUUUUACACAAUAUAAGUGAGUUGAAAGGAGCCUACUGUGAGGCUAUUGAUGUGGCCAAUGCUACUCUAUUCUUGGCUAGUGAUGAUGAUGCCAAGUAUGUUAGUGGUCAAAACCUGGUGGUGGAUGGAGGUUUCACUACGUUUAAAAGUUUAAACCUUGAACCAUAGACUUGUUCAACUUUUAGCAAAUGAUAGACUGGUACACGGUCUUUAUACGUACUGUGUUUCAAUGUGACAACUAUAAAGUAAUUGUGUUUCAAGGGUACAACAAUAGAGUACACAACCCUUAUGUUUGUGUUUAAGUGUUCCUCAAAAUCAGGGCACUUUGGCUGAAUUCCAUUUUAUAUGCAUCAAAGA